GAAGGCAGAAGCUGAUAAGAAAUGGGAAUGUGGAGUUGUUUCCUUGUUGGUUUUCUAGGAGUUCUAGUUCUUGCUGUUCUGAUUCAUGCUCAGGACCAAUCAGGAUUUAUCAGCAUAGAUUGCGGAGCUCCAGCAGAUGAGAACUAUACUGACUCAUCAACAGGCAUAAAUUACACUUCAGAUGCAAAUUUCAUAAGUACGGGUGUCAGUGGGACAAUAGCACCUGAACUGGGAAAUGACUAUAUACGACCACUGAAGAGUGUCAGAAGCUUUCCUGAAGGAAUAAGGAACUGCUACAAAAUAAACAUCACAAGAGGCUCUAAUUAUAUGAUCAAGACUUUUUUCUUGUACGGAAACUAUGAUGACCUAAAAAAGUUACCACAGUUUGAUCUUCUUCUUGGGGCUAACCGGUGGGAUACAGUGAUUAUAUACAAUGAAUCCCUUUCGCGAAGGAAGGAAAUCAUACAUGUACCAUCACAUGAUUACGUACAAAUCUGUCUGGUUGACAUAGGCAAGGGCACACCAUUUAUAUCAGCCAUAGAAUUGAGAACUUUGACAAAUGAUAUUUAUGUCACUGAAUUUAGAUCAUAUUCAUUGGAAACUUACUACAGGGGGGAUUUAGGUUCAAACAAAGGCUACAGGUACAAGGAUGAUGUAUAUGAUCGCUUCUGGUCCUAUGGUGACAACAAAGAUUGGACACAAAUAAGUGCUUCGAUUCCUGCUGAUGCUUUAGAUCAGAACAUAUACAAACCGCCAGCUAUUGUCAUGAGCACUGCAGUUACACCAGUAAAUGCUAGUGCUCCAUUGGUGAUAAGCUGGGAGCCAGAAGCUCAAACUGAUCAAUUCUAUGUUUACUUACACUUCAUGGAAAUUCAAUUGUUGGCCACAAAUCAGACAAGAGAAUUCAACAUCAUGCAAAAUGGUAACUCAAGGUAUCCAAAUUUUUCUCCACGGUAUCAGCUUGUCACCACUUUAUAUAGCUCGUCAGGCACCAGUGGGAAAGAAAUUAUAUAUUCACUUGAAAAGACCAAAAAUUCAACCCUUCCUCCCAUCAUCAAUGCCAUUGAGAUUUACAGAGUAAUAGACCUCCCGCAAUUAGAUACAUUCCAAGAAGAUGAUGAUGCGAUUACCACCAUCAAGUCAGUUUAUAGGUUGACAAGGGAUUGGCAAGGUGAUCCAUGCGCCCCUGUAGCCUACUUGUGGCAUGGUCUGAAUUGUUCUUAUCCUAGAAAAGAGUCCCCUAGAAUCACAACUUUGAAUUUAUCUUCAAGUGGAUUGUCUGGAAAGAUAGACCCUUCAAUUUCAAAGCUCACCAUGUUGGAGAAGUUGGAUUUAUCAAACAAUAGCUUAAACGGUGAAAUUCCUAAUUUUCUGUCUCAAUUACAACACUUAAAGAUCUUAAUUUUGAACAGUAAUAACCUCUCUGGUUUAAUUCCCUCGGCACUUGUUGAAAAAUCUAAGGAAGGUUCCCUGUCACUAAGUGUGGACCAAAAUCCGUAUCUAUGUGAAUCUGAUCAAUGCAACGAGAAGAAAAAGAAGAAGAAGAACACUGUCACACCCAUAGUAGCAUCAGUUGGCGGGGUUGUAAUCCUUUUGGUGGUCGUGGCAGCAAUAUUGUGGACCCUUAAAAGGAGAAAAUCCAAAGCUUUGAUGGUAGAAAAGGAUCAAAGUCAGAUCUCACCACAAUACACCGAACAAGAUGAUUCAUUCCUGCAAUUCAAAAAACAAAUAUUUUCAUACUCUGAUAUCCUUAAAAUCACCAACAAUUUCAAUACAACACUUGGUAAAGGAGGAUUUGGAACAGUUUAUCUGGGCCAUAUUGAUGAGAUUCCAGUCGCAGUGAAAAUGCUUUCCCCGUCAUCUGGUCAUGGUUAUCAACAAUUUCAAGCAGAGGUUAACCUUCUAAUGAGGGUUCAUCACAAAAAUUUGACCUCCCUUGUUGGUUAUUGUAAUGAAGAAACCCAUAAGGGUCUCAUAUAUGAGUACAUGGCUAAUGGAAACUUACAAGAACAUCUCUCUGGUAAACACAGCAAAACAAAAUUCUUCACCUGGGAAGAAAGACUUCGUAUAGCAGUGGAUGCAGCCUUGGGAUUGGAAUAUAUGCAAACUGGUUGUAAGCCACCUAUAAUCCACAGAGACGUAAAAUCUACAAACAUCUUGUUGGAUGAGAAGUUCCAAGCAAAAUUAUCUGAUUUUGGUCUAUCCAAAAUGAUCCCAACAGAAGGGGGAACUCACGUGUCAACUGUUGUUGCUGGUACUCCUGGUUACUUGGACCCUGAAUAUUUCAUAACCAAUAGAUUAACGGAGAAGAGCGAUGUUUAUAGUUUUGGUGUUGUUCUUUUGGAGAUAAUCACAAGUCAACCAGUGAUAGCGACCAGGGAUGGAGAAAAUAUUCACAUAAGUGAAUGGGUUAGCUCGUUGGUUGCGCAAGGGGAUAUCAAAGCCAUUGUUGACUCAAGGUUAGAAGGAGAUUUUGAUACCAAUUCAGUUUGGAAAGCAGUGGAAAUAGCAACAGCUUGUGUGUCUCCAAAUCUCAACAAAAGGCCAAUUACAAGUGUGAUAGUGAUUGAAUUGAAGGAGUCUUUAGCAAUGGAAUUAGCUCGAACUAAACAUAGCAGUGCCGAUACUACAGAUUCAAUUAAACCAGUCACCAUGAAUCUGAAUAUCGAAUUUAUUCCCCAGGCCAGGUAAACUAUUGCUUAAGAUGACUAUAAUCAUAUAUAACAUGAUUUUCCUCUUGCAAUGCCAGAACGAGAUCAAGCCUCAUACAAGGGAAAAGUGACGUUGCACAAGUUGUGAAUAUGCGCUUUAAUUUGAAUGUAUGUUUUCCGAGAGAUACUUGUCUAGGUGUUAUAUAUACUUGUCCUUCAUGUGGCUCUGUGCUUGGAUUGAUGAUUGAAAUGGAGUGUGUAAAUAUAGAAGAAAAAUAAAUAAAUGAUGAGGAACGAAUAUCUGUGUAUAAUCUUUUUUAUCAUUUGAUGCGAUUUAUAAA